AUGAUAGACCACGUGCUUGGGCGGCCGUCGUCCAAGUCGCGACGCCUUCAAAUCCUCGCUGUCCUCUCCUUCUGGUCAUUUUACCUCUACCGAGGCAGCAAACAUGGCCCGCCGGGCGCGCAGACGCUCUCGCGCCUCCUCUCCACGCGUCUGACGACAUGGCAGACCAUUGUCCUCACGAUGCUUCACCUCUACGCCGCGCGCAACUUUAGUGCCCUCGUGGGCCUCGCGUCGCCCGAACCCAUGGCCAACAUGUAUGAUCCGACGUACUUCCGCGCGACAUGGAUCUUGACGGCCCUCGAUGCGGGAUUCUGGACGGCGAUGAGGAUACAAAGGCCCAAAUGGUUGCGCGACAUUGCCUCAAUCGUCUUCUCUGUCUUCUACCUCGUGGCGGCCGAACGCGCAGACGAAAAGGUGCGCAAAGUCAGGGGCAUGUUGACGGUGGACCAUCUGCGUGUGUCGUGGAAUAAGGGAACCACGCCGUACCUGAGCUUCUUCCAGGGUCUAAUGCGACCAAGGUUCACGCGGUGGCCGCCACGCCAGGUUCGCAUUCCCCGACCGAAGAGUAGCGAUUAUAAGGAUAGUGUCGUCGGAUGGCUCUACUACGACGGGCCACUAGCAGAUCUGGAGCAUCACAACAAAGUAAUCUUGGACAUUCCCGGUGGAGGCUUCGUGGCCAUGGACCCGCGAUGCAACGACGACAAACUCUUCUGCUGGGCCGCCAAGUCGGGCCUACCGAUCCUCAGUCUCGACUACAGGAAAGCACCCGAGUACCCAUACCCAUACGCCCUCAACGAGUGCUUCGACGUGUACACGACGCUGGUGCAGACAAAGGGACGAUGCAUUGGCAUGUCUGGCAAGGAGGUGCCGCGGGUCAUCGUGACGGGCGACAGCGCCGGGGGCAACUUGGCGGUGUCAAUGACACUGAUGAUCUUGGAGAACGAAACGCCUCACUUUCGACGGUUCACCGGACGGGGCAACCUGCCUGCGCCCGACGGCCUCGUCUGCUUCUACCCUGCGCUGGACAUGAAUAUUGGUAACUGGAUGACCGACGAGCAAAUGUCGCUUAUCAGGGACCGUAAGAUGAGAAAGACGAACAGAUCUAUCGUGAGAAGGAAGAGUCGCCAGUACAACGACCUGGUCGGGACACCGCAUCACUCGGACGACGAGGACGACGCUCCGCCAUCAAAGGGCACAACAUCAGCUACAGUGGAAAGCGAGGCUUCUGACGAGAAUGCGACGAAAUCACACCCAGAGUACUCGCACACUGGGCCCCGAACGCUCAGUGACUUAGCCGCCCACGGGGAUGGCAGUGCCUCCCUUCACGUGGAGCCGAUGAAGACGCGCCUGGCCACCUCGUCCAUGAUUUCCUACUUCAACGACCGCGUCCUCACGCCCGAGAUGAUGCGCGCCAUGAUCAUCCUCUACAUUGGACCCCACAACCGCCCCGACUUCUCCUCAGACUACCUACUCAGCCCCGUCCUCGCACCGGACGCCCUCCUGGCCAAGUUCCCCAAGACCUACUUUAUGACGGGCGAGCGCGACCCUCUCGUCGACGACACGGUCAUCUUCUCCGGCCGGCUGGCACGCGCCAAGGAAGCCGCAGCGCGCCACCGAGCAUCGCCCAGCGCGCCAGGCGACUUUUCCGAGGAGCUGCGCGACCUGGGCACGGCCGAGGUCAUGCUCAUCCCGGGGACAUCACAUGGCUUCAUGCAGUUCCCCGCCCUGUACCCGCCGGCUUGGAAGCACUUUCAGCGCUGCGCAGAAUGGUUCGACCAGCUGUACACGCACGCAGACGCCGUGCGCGCGCGGUCCGUACGACGACGACGACCGCUGCCGGUUCCUCUGUAUCCGGGGGCCGGGUAUGGGGUCGGGCGCCCCCAGACGGCCGAGUCGAGCGGUGAUGAGGACAGGCCACUUGAGAUGAGCAUGCUUAGUCGUGGACGCAGCGGCAGCACGGCGGGGACACCAGUCAGUGAUGCCCAGCGUGAGGAGGACAAGAAGCCCGCGGGCCCACGGGGCCAGACCAAGGCGAAUGGCAAGAAGAAGGGUGGGAUGAGGAUGAACAAGUCACUUGUCAAGUUGGCCAGCGAGGAGGACCUGCUGUCACGACGGAUGCAUGGCUUGACAAGCGGGCUGACAGGCAAAGGGGACGACGACUAUUGA